UCGGAUAUAGAUUUGUUAACUUGCAACGGUGAUCAGUAAUUGAAAUUGGUAAAUCAAUGGAGGAAAUCGCAGAUGGAGUGAACAACAUUAAUAUCAAUGGAGAUUCUUACAAGAAAAACCGAAUCCAGGUCUCCAACACUAAAAGGCCCAUCUUCUUUUACGUUGGCCUCGCCAAGAGAUAUAUGCAGCAGUACAACGAGGUUGAACUCUCUGCUCUUGGGAUGGCUAUUUCAACAGUUGUGAGUGUGGCCGAAAUUCUGAAGGAUAAUGGAUUUGCAAUUGAGAAAAAGAUAAUGACGUCUACUGUUGAGAUUAAAGAUGAAAUGAGAGGAAGGAAAAUCACAAAAGCUAAACUUGAGGUAGCGCUAGGGAAGACGGAUAAAUUUGACGAAUUGAUGGCAGCUGCAGCAGAGGCGAGAGGUGGAGAUGAUGAUGGGCAGGGUUAAAGAUGAGAUUUCACUUUUUUCCCUCUUAAUCACCAUUUAUUUUGUUCUAUUCAAAUUUCUGGUUGAGGUGAAACGCGUUGCUAAGCCUACUUUUUCUGGAUCUUACAAGCACAAUAGCGGAGACUCUUUAUGUUAGCCUGUGAAAUGUGAAUAUGGAGGAGAUGAAGAUCUAAUUUUCUUGUGACUCUAUUUAUCGCGCACCUUCCUUAAUUAAAUUUGUUCUAAUACUGAAGAUUUCUAGUUAGAAACUGUACCCCAAUGGUAAGCUUGUAACUUUAUUGUGAUUUUUCCCGAAUGAACAUUGAACCGAUGUAAUUAAAUUCA